AAACCGGCGAUUUCGUCACCCAAAUUGAAGAGUUUUUUAGUGUUUAAUUGCCUAGUGUUUGUAAUAAAGGUUCCAUAAUGUUGAGGAAUAAUGCUAAGUGGUUGUUAAAGUUUUCCAUCCGCUCAUCGACUGCCAAGCGAAGAAGCGCUGCGUACGAUAAAAUAACAAGCCGACCGUUCUCCGUUCUGAUACAGUCCUUCGACAAACGACACAAUUUGUUUCAAUGUGAGGCAUUUGCUGUGCCCAAGUCCACCCUAAAGACGACGGCAUGCUCGGAUCAACUAGGAGAAAGGCAGAAAGGCCAUCCACAUGCCGAACCCUCCGAGAGCCCUUCCUACAACGCAACAAACGAAUUCACAACGCGAACCCACACCUGUGGGGAACUACGUGCCGAGCAUGCUGGCCAAUCCGUCACGCUCUGUGGUUGGUUGGAGUUUUCGCGAAUGAGCAAGUUCUUCACUCUACGGGACGGAUACGGAACAGUUCAGGCCCUCAUUGCGGAAGAGAAUGGCCCACGGAUACCGCUGGAUGGGUUGCCAUUCGAAUCGAUCUUACGGGUCACGGGAAAGGUGCAACUGCGACCAGAUGGCCAACAUAAUCGAUUCAUGCCAACGGGCGAGAUCGAAGUUCACGUGGAAAAGCUAGAAGUAUUAAACGAAUCCAAGAAGCGGCUACCGAUCAACGUGAAAGAUCAUAACCGUGCCAAGGAGAACUUACGGCUCGAAUACCGGUACAUCGAUCUGCGAAAUCCACAGAUGCAACGGAACCUUCGCCUACGAUCACAGGUCAUCAUGAAGAUGCGCGAAUGCAUGAUCAACGAUUUCGGGUUCCUGGAAGUUGAAACGCCUACCCUGUUCCGACGUACACCGGGUGGUGCUCAAGAGUUUGUCGUUCCUUCGCGUAAACCCGGCCAUUUCUACUCGCUCGUCCAAAGCCCGCAACAGUUUAAACAGAUGCUAAUGGUCGGAGCCAUCGAUCGAUACUUUCAGAUCGCCCGCUGCUACCGUGACGAGUCGACGCGGCCCGAUCGGCAGCCAGAGUUUACACAGCUCGACAUAGAACUAUCUUUCACCGAUCGCGAAAAGGUGAUCGCGCUGGUAGAGGCAGUGCUGCAGAAAUCUUGGCCAUUUACCGAUCAACCGCUGAAAGCUCCGUUUCCCCGUAUGACACUGGUUGAAGCGAUGGACCGAUUCGGAAGCGACAAACCGGACGUACGGUUCGGGUAUGAGCUGCAGAAUGUGAGCGCGUUGCUUUCGCCACGGGACCAACUCGCCGUUUCCGAUGUUCGGGAGCAAGACUUUCGAGCGUAUGCCAACGUUAUUCGCGCAAAGGAAGCACGCCAGUUACCAGGAGGAAUACGCAAGACACUCGAUGAAAUAGCUAAAAAGAGUAAUUACUGCAAGUUCACUAUGAGUAAGAUCACUCCCGAUUGGAACACUGGUCCCAUCGUCCGACUGUUGGGACAGAGUGCAACAGAAGCAAUCAGCGGGAAGCUGUCCCUCGAACCUGAUGAUGUACUUUUCUUGGGCUGGGGAAAGCAAUCUUAUGUGCAAAACAUGAUGGGCCGUGUGCGGUUGGCCGUGUACGAGAUGCUCGAAUCCCGAUCCGUAGUUCCGAAGCGUGCCACGCACGCCCAUAAUUUUCUAUGGGUGAUCGAUUUUCCGAUGUUUGCUGAAAACGAAGAAACGGGUACAAUCGAGAGUACGCAUCAUCCGUUCACUGCACCACAUCCUGAGGAUGCGAGCAAACUAGCGGAUGGUGUACCACCGGAUGCGGAACUGUUCAAGAUUCGCUCGUUAGCAUAUGAUCUUGUAUGGAACGGAGUGGAGAUCGGUGGCGGUUCGAUACGAAUCCAUCGGAGUGAGCUUCAGCGACGCGUGUUGCGAGAUGUACUUAACAUCGAGCAUGACCAUCUGGGACAUCUGCUUGAUGCACUCGACAGUGGCUGUCCACCGCAUGGUGGGUUUGCGAUCGGACUCGAUCGCUACGUCUCACUGCUCUGCAGUGCGGCCUCCAUACGUGAUGUGAUCGCUUUCCCCAAGAGCCUAGAUGGGAAAGAUCCUCUCUCGAAGGCACCGGUGCCCAUUAGCGAAGAGGAAAAGCGUAUCUAUCAUAUCAAAGUGAUAGAGUAGAGAGAACCGAAACCCCUUGGUUCAAGUAUUUGUUUUAAUUUAAUAAAAGUGUAUCACUCUGUUGUCAAAGU